UGACUUUCGUUCAACACUCCCAAACCAAACACUUCAAAAUACCUUAAACACCAACAUAACAACAACCUCUUAUUUUCUACAUUUCCCAAACAUGAAUUACAAUUACUCUUCCUCCUUCUCCUUUUCCCCCACCAACCUCACCACCGAACAAGAACUCUCCGUCAUCGUUGCCGCCUUAACAAAUGUCGUCUCUGGCUCCACCUCCGCAUCAGCCAGUAAUUCAGUACCCGAAUUUCGCCUCCCGGAUGCGGCCGUCGGAACUAGUAGCUUAGAUAAAUUAGUCCCAGCGGUGGCGAACACGGAAACGUGCCGAGAAUGCAACAUAGCAGGGUGUUUGGGAUGCAAUUUCUUUCCUGAAGAGAACAAGAAAAAACAAAAGAGAGUGAAGAAGAAAUACAGAGGAGUGAGACAGAGGCCGUGGGGAAAAUGGGCCGCCGAGAUUCGCGACCCGAAACGCGCGGCCCGUGUUUGGCUCGGAACUUUUACCACGGCGGAGGAAGCCGCCAGAGCAUAUGAUAAUGCCGCCAUUGAGUUCCGUGGGCCCAGGGCUAAGCUCAAUUUUCCCCUUGUUGACGAAUCACUUAAUAUGCAACACACAGAGGAAGCUCCGAAGGAGCAUAUUAAGGAUGAGAAUUCGAAUCAGGGAAUUCAAAUUGAGAAAACGGUUGGAUUUGGGAAUAAUAAUAAUAAUAAUAAUAAUAAUAUGAAUUGUGACUUUUGGGAUAGGAUUGGGGAAGCUGAUUUUCAGCAACUUAUGAGGCUUAUGGAUUUUGGUGGAGAAUCUUCUGAUUCCAUAACAGGGAACACUUUUAGUUCGUAAAUUCAACAACAACGGAAGAGUUUUUUUUGAUAGUGUGUGUGUUUAUUAGUUAGCUGAACUAGGUUAACUAAGCUUUGUAAAUAUUUUGUACGCAAAGUGUGGCUUUGUUCAAUUCAAUUAUAAAUAUUCUUCUUCACUUAUUUCUUCA